UAGAAGAAAUUAUUAGGAGCUACUUGCCCACUUCAGAUAAAGACAACGAUUGGACAGACAACUCAUCGGGGCUGCAUACUAUUGCGAAGUUAUCCAAGGAAAAUAGAAAAUCUAGGUUUAAGAAAAG